ACGAGCCCAGAAUGUUCAGCCCAUCCAUUUUCAUUUAUUAAAGCCCAGCCCAAUAAAAUAUUUCAGGGCCAGUCAGGCCUGCAAAGUGACCCAUAAAUGGGCCAAUAGCCCACUAACCAACCAACCAACAUUAUUAACAGGAGGGCUCCGCACCACCAUCAACCAUCAGCCCUCAGAUCAAACAAUCCCCAAACGCCUCAGCAGCCUCCCUAGGGUUUUGCUCGGCGCGUCGGAUCCAGCAGUUCGGGGGAGGAUUCGCCAUGGCGUCGCGUCCGUCGCUGAAGUCGAAGCCCAAGGGCAAGGGCGGGAAGAAGGGCGGCGCCGCCGACGAGGACGCCACCGCGGCGGCGACCACGGUGCGGCUCGUGAAGGAGUGGACCACGUGGACGAUGAAGAAGGCCAAGGUGGUGGCGCACUACGGCUUCAUCCCGCUCGUCAUCGUCAUCGGCAUGAACUCCGAGCCCAAGCCCUCCGUCUUCCAGCUCCUCUCCCCCGUCUGAUGGGAUGGAUCUCCCCCGACAAGGCCCGGACGGAUGCGGUCGGUCCGUCCGCUUCUAUAGUAGUUUGUAGCUGGUACUUUAGUUGCUUUGAUAUGUGUCAUGCUUUCUGGGCGAGUUUGAAGAAGGUGGCUCAUGCUUUCUGGGCGAGUUUGAAGUCUUUUUAUAUGACGAUGGUUUAAUAAUUUCGUAUUGGCGGAUGUGUCUUCUAUAGAUCGGAUCAAAAUCUCUUGGUUAUGUGAUAUGCUAUGAAUAUGAGAGUAUACAUCAGUUUUCAUC